AUGAGCCGCCUUCCUCCUGUCGAAAAGUUCUCGCUUACAGUUCGCAAAAACAUUCGCGAUGAAUGGGAGAGCAAGAAAACCGAGUAUGAGCAGAGGCUCUCUGAUCUGCUUGGCGCGCCGUGGAAGAUCGAUAUCAAUCUUCCCCAAGUCUGCGCAUAUGCCCAGGAUGGCUAUGCGAAAGAGUCGCCUGGCUCAAUGAUUGCUUCAUACAUUGACGGCGUUUUGUUUCAGCUAGAUCGCUUCAUCAGCAAGCAUGGAGAACAGGGCAAAACCGAGCUCAACACGAUUGCCUCGGCCCAGACCAUCUCCAUGGACCUGGACGAGGACAAAAAGUUUUCCUACUGUGGCUGUAAAAUCUCUCCUGCAGGACAGCUGGUCAUUCUCUUCCGCGAAGGAUAUCUAGGAACCAACACCGAUUAUGCUUGCUCUCUUGAGAAUCUUGAGGGUGCUCUCAACGAGGCUCCUGGCGCAGCCGCGACUAGCCAGCGGCCGAUGAGCUUCGUUGCCCGCGCAGCCAUCCGAAGUGAUUGGGACACCGAGGUAGAAUCGAUCAAGGCAAAGCUCAGCAAGAUUCUCAAGAAGGAUAUCGCAGUAGUACCGCAAUUCGAGCAAGCCUUUGGCAAGCUUAGCGCCGCCAAAGACGCUCCGGAUGUCUGGGAGCGAAACCUGGGCAUGUAUCUCAAAAUGUACUAUGAGGGCCUGAUAAACUACCUCGAGUACCAGAAAUUCGGCGAGGAUGACAUGCUGUACGAAGCAUUCAACGAGGGCGUUGACAAGGCGACAGUUGUAUUCCGCAUUGUCGACAAGGGCGAGCUGAAGCACUCUACCUACAACGAGUGCAUCAUCGAGGAUGGAACGCUGAUUCUCCAGACUAUUCCUGAAUAUUUCGGCACAAAUGUGAACGACAUCGCGAAUAAACUGAUGGAUCUGUUGUAA